CUUAAGAGUAAAGAACUUUGUUGUCAGAUUUUACCAGAGUUUCGAAUUGGAGCUUGACAGUUUCAAUGAUGAGCGGCAUGUACCUGAACAACUCAAAUCAUUUGCUAGUUUGAAUUUCCGUAGCUAUGGAAGUCUGGUCCGACAUCAAAGGUGCCGUUCCAGCUGAGACCUGUGGAGAAAUACCCCCAGAAAUUAGAGACGAGAUACGCCGUCGUUUUGUUAUCAGUCCAGUUGCGCUAAGAGACUAUUGGAACAAUGAACGUGCAGAGAUGGCCUUGGAUCGUGGACCAUGGCAACAACCACAGGAUUAUCUACUCUCCCUAGAUCGGCGCGAAGAGGCAUGGAUUCAGCAAUACGCAACAACAACAACAUCGCGAUCCGAAGAUUGCCCCCAGGCACCCUCAGCAACCCAAAAUGACCCAGACAGUCAUCUCUCCUUGCUGCACAAAUAUGCCAAAGUUGCACCCCAUCUUCUCCCAACUGACCCUGCUAUGAAUGCGCCCCAUCUCUGGCAUACAGAUCUGCACGCUGGAAACCUCUUCAUUCAAGACGGUAGAGUAUCUAGUGUCAUAGACUGGCAAGGACAGUGUAGAGCACCACUGAUGCUUCAAGGACGUCCUCCACAGCUAGUCCACUAUGAUGGCGAAAUUAUCUUGAGAAACCCCGAGAACUUCGACGACCUUGAUGCACAGGAAAAGUCUCGGCCCCGAGAACGUAUGGGCAAGUCGAUGCUGUCCUACUUUAUCAACUGCGGAUUAAGAAUAGGUGCCCCAUUCUUUUGGAAGUCUUGGAUAUCCCUAUGGAGAAACUAG